CAAGACCUCGUGCGAUUAUCUUUGCACCGAGUGCAAAAAACUGACGUGGUGCAUUGAGGUGAAACAUAAAAAAGUCCACUCAGUGCACAUUAAUCUCGCAGAUGGAACAUAAAAAUAUGUACUGGUGCAGUCAGUGCAGUGUGGUGGAAAACGCUUUUAGUCCGUGCCUAUGCCCUAUGGCGCUAAUUCGCGCUAUGCACAUUAAUAUUCCAUGCCGGUCAUUCGUUAUCACUUAUCAUUAAGUAUAAAUUUCUAAUUUCUGUGUCUGUGGUCAAAUAGACAAUAGCACCAAGCACGAUUCAAAAUAAUACCUAUCAUAAAUAUAUUAGUAAUUAUAAGUUAUUUUUAAUUGUUAUUAAUUGUUACUUGUUAGUUGUUAGAUUGUUACAUCAUAGUUCUAAUAGUUCUUUUAUAAUUACUUAUACUUCAUACAAUCAUACAUCAUACUAUUCUACCAUUGACAUAUUAAURUGUCUAUGUAUUCUACAUCCUAAAUGUUUACACGUCAUAGGUAGUAGCUAUCAAUUUGAUUAUAGUUUUGAAGAAUAUCAAACGUAUUUACGUAGGUUAGGUAUUAGGUCAUAUCGUCAGAAUAUGUACCGACCUUACAUAUUAAACGUUAAAAUCAUUUUUAUUGAAGUAAUUUAGUGAAUUUGAAUUAAUAAGUUGUAUUACGAUUUACGAUAACUUAUGAGAAUUUUACUAAUAUAUCAAAUUCAUAUAUUUACUCAACACAGACUAAUAAGCACAUAGUGGAUGAAUUUUAACCUUAAAUCGUCGAUAAAUUUUUUUCUAAUAUUUUUUAUUUAAGAAAAUUGUUUUGUAACCUAAAUUUAUAUACAAUGGGUUCAUUAAGAUCCUUUUUUUACAUUUCGUCUGGAGGAUUUAUUUUAUGGACAGGAACAAAUUUUAUUACACUAAAUGAACAAUUUUAUAAAAAAUACGUUAUUCCAGCUUUCUUUUCGUGUGAUCCAGAAAAAGCUCAUAGCCUUUUAAUAUUUUCUGGAAAAUAUGGUCUUAUACCAAAAUCAUCCUUCAAAGAUCCAUCGAUGUUGAAAACCAAGUUGUGGGAUUUGAAUUUUUCCAACCCAAUAGGCCUAGCUGCUGGGUUGGAUAAACAAGGUGAAAUAACAAAAGCAUUAAAAGAUGUAGGGUUUGGUUUUGUAGAGGUUGGUUCAAUAACACCUCUGCCUCAACCAGGCAAUGAAAAACCUAGAGUGUUUAGACUUUUGGACAGUCAAGCUAUUAUUAAUAGAUAUGGAUUCAAUAGUGAUGGCCAUAAUGUUGUAUUUGAAAGGCUUAAAAAACUUAAGCAAAACCAAAACUUUGAUGGUAUAGUUGGUGUUAAUUUGGGGAAAAAUAAAGAGUCUGAAAAUGCAGUUUCUGACUAUGUUAAAGGUAUUGAAAAGUUUGCUCCAGUUGCUGAUUACUUUGUUAUAAAUAUAUCCAGUCCUAAUACUCCAGGUCUUAGAAAUUUGCAAAACAAAAAAGAUCUCAUGAAUCUACUUUCAAACGUUAUAGAAGCAAGGAAUCAAGUGUGUGGAGAACACAAAAUUCCAUUAUUAUUGAAAAUAGCUCCCGAUCUUACUGAUCAAGAUAAAAAAGAUAUUGCUAAUGUAAUUGAUGAUGAAAAGUGUAAAGUUGAUGGAUUAAUAAUCUCGAAUACAACAGUUAAACGAAUUGGUGUUUACGACAAUCCCAAUGCACUAGAACCUGGUGGUCUUAGUGGAAAACCUUUACAAGAAGAAUCUACUAAGCUCAUUUCAGAAUUUUAUAGAUUGACUAAUGGUAAAAUCCCUAUUAUUGGAGUUGGCGGAGUAUUUAAUGGUCAAGAUGCAUACGCCAAAAUUAGAGCAGGAGCCUCACUUAUACAAAUUUAUACAUCUUUUAUAUAUAAUGGCCCAUCAGUUAUAGUUAAUAUAAAAAAAGAACUCGAAAAUCUUCUUAGGAAAGAUAAAUACAACUCAAUAUCUGAUGCAAUUGGUGCAGACACCAGGCCUUAAAGUACAAUAACAAUAUUAAAUUUAUUUUAACAUUUUGAAAUUUAGAUUAUAAUUUUUUAUUCACAUACAUAUUUUACA